AUGAAUCGAAAAGAUCCUACGUGGAAGUAUGCAAAAGAAAUAGAGGGGGAAAAAUACUUGAGAUGCGCAUUUUGUGAUCAAAGAUGCAGUGGAGGAAUUUCUAGACUUAAGCAUCAUUUAGGUCAAACUCAUCACGGUAUGCAACCAUGUAAGAAAGUUCCUGAGCAUGUGAAAAAAGAGUGUGCCGCAACUUUGAAAAAUCUUCAGCUUGAAAAAAGAAAGAAAAAUGAAAUGCUUAGAGAGAUUGGGGAUGGUCCAGGAGGAGGGGCUCUGAGUAUGGAAACUUCAUUGGAUGAAGAAUAUGGAAUCCCUGGUACUAGGAGUGCUGCAGUUGAUGAGGCUCUUAGAGCACAACCUAAAUCAAAAGGACCAAUGGAUAGAUUUGUCACUUUAGAAGCUCGGCAAAGUACAUUAAAUUCAGCAUACAAACAAGAAGAAAGAAAGGAAGUUUGUCGAAAGAUUGGUCAUUUUUUCUUCUCUAGAGCACUCCCAUUUAAUAUUGUAAAUGAUCCAUUUUGGCUACCUAUGGUGGAAGGGAUUGCCGCAUAUGGUGUAGGAUUUAAGCCUCCAUCAAUGCAUGAGCUCAGGACUUGGAUCCUUAAGGAAGAAGUUGGCGACAUUAAUACGAUGAUGGAAGAACAUAAGAAAGCUUGGGCAGAGUAUGGAUGUACUAUUAUGUUUGAUGGUUGGACUGAUGGUAAAAAUAGAGUACUAAUAAACUUUCUUGUGAAUAGCCCAGCAGAUGAUGUUGUCAAAGAAGUUGGAGAGAAGCAUGUCAUUCAAGUAAUAACAGAUAAUGCUUCCAAUUAUAAGAAUGCUGGAGUGAAACUUAUGGAGAAGAGGAAGAAGUUAUGGUAG